GAGGCGGAGCGCUGCCGGCACUCCCGCGUCCCGCGGCCACGCGCGCGCUGCUCCUCCGCUCUAUGGUCACCGUACAGAUCCACGGCGGUGGCGGAUCUAUACUGGGACGGCGGCGGCCGUGGCGCCGUGGGGAACAUGGCGACGCUGGUGCUGGAUAACGGCGCCUACAACGCCAAGAUCGGCUACAGCCACGCGAACGUCAGCGUUAUUCCCAACUGUCAAUUCAGGUCAAAGACUGCACGCUUGAAAACCUUUACGGCAAAUCAACUGGAUGAAAUUAAGGAUCCCUCUGGUCUUUUUUAUAUUCUUCCCUUUCAGAAAGGUUACUUGGUGAACUGGGAUGUUCAGAGACAGGUUUGGGAUUAUCUCUUUGGAAAAGAAAUGUAUCAAGUGGAUUUUGUAGAUACCAAUAUAAUUAUUACCGAACCUUAUUUUAACUUCACUUCAAUACAAGAAUCUAUGAAUGAAAUUCUAUUUGAAGAAUAUCAAUUUCAAGCAGUUCUUAGAGUAAAUGCUGGAGCUCUUAGUGCACACAGGUAUUUCCGGGAUAAUCCAUCUGAGCUGUGUUGUAUCAUCGUGGAUAGCGGAUACUCUUUUACCCACAUUGUACCUUACUGCAGAAGUAAAAAGAAAAAAGAGGCAAUCAUCAGGAUUAAUGUUGGAGGGAAACUCUUAACCAACCAUCUAAAGGAGAUCAUCUCUUACAGGCAGCUACAUGUUAUGGAUGAAACACAUGUAAUUAAUCAAGUGAAAGAAGAUGUGUGUUAUGUUUCUCAAGACUUUUACAAAGACAUGGACAUUGCCAAAUUGAAAGGAGAGGAAAAUACUGUAAUGGUAGAUUAUGUUUUGCCAGACUUCAGCACAAUCAAAAAAGGAUUUUGUAAGCCAAGGGAAGAGAUGGUGUUAAGUGGAAAAUACAAGACCGGUGAACAAAUACUUCGUCUAACAAAUGAAAGAUUUGCAGUUCCAGAAAUACUUUUCCAUCCUUCGGAUAUUGGUAUUCAAGAGAUGGGAAUUCCUGAAGCCAUUGUUUAUUCUAUUCAGAAUUUACCUGAAGAAAUGCAGCCUCAUUUCUUCAAGAACAUAGUUCUGACUGGGGGAAACACCCUUUUUCCAGGCUUCAGAGAUCGGGUUUAUUCUGAAGUUAGAUGUCUUACGCCAACUGACUAUGAUGUUUCCGUUGUUCUUCCUGAAAACCCUAUCACUUAUUCUUGGGAAGGUGGGAAGCUCAUUUCUGAAAAUGAUGAUUUUGAAGACAUGAUAGUAACUAGAGAAGACUAUGAAGAACAUGGACACAAUAUCUGUGAAGAAAAAUUUGAUAUAUAGGUAGCAUAGUUGGAUAUGUUGUUAUUCCAUUGAUUUACUUAGAAUGGAAUUCUUUGAACUACAACCCCUUUUCCAUCAGCUAGGAUUGUGUUUUAGCUUUCCUGUAUUGAAUUGGGUUGAGAAAAAAUAAUUUUAAGAGUUUAGAAAUAAAGUUUUACAAGCGUAAUACUAUGAAGUAAUAUGUUCACUGUAAUUUCCUUAUGUUUGUAUCUUUUCUGAUAGCUUCAUUGUAUUUUUAUUGCAGAACACCUCAGUGCAUGAGGCAAUAAAAAUACCAAGUACUUGUAUUGGUGUGAUGCUAAUACACAGUGAGAAGAAAUGGGUUUGUUUUUUCUUUUUCAAAAUGAGUAUUAUUCUAACUCACAUAUUCCACUAAAAGGGCAUUAAAUGUAUCUCAGAAGUA